CAAAACUCUUUUUCCACUUUAGGCACUUACGCCUGCUCUUCGACUGAAUCGCAAUCUGGUUCAUCGUGUUGCUUUUGCCAUGAACAACUCUUCUACUAUCACUAUUUCGGAAAAUAUCCCCAAUGGCUCGAAUGCCAAUAAACGAAACUCAUUUUUCCUCUACAGUUUGAUGAUGUUGGAAAAUAUGAAAAGCACACAAAAAAUAAUCAUUAUCACCGUUUUUGUUAUUGUUUUUAGCAUAGUAAAAAUACUGUACAGUUGGAAGAAAUUGUAUCUACACUACAUUCCGGAACCAAUAACGGAACUUGGGAUCGGUUUUAUUUUUGGCUACGUACUGAAGCAGUGCGAAGUUCGGUUCAUAGCUUUCAGUCAUUUUCCAUAUUUUGUUAUUUUUCUCCCGCCUAUUAUCUUUGAAGCUGUGUUACAUUUGCAUAAGAUGUAUUUUUUUCGAAAUAUCUCUUCAAUUCUUAUUUUUGGGUUUAUCGGUACCAUAUUGACCUUUCUCUUUAUUGGCCUCAGUCUUUUUUUGCUGGAUAAAACACCCAUUUUCACAUCAGAGGGACUUCACUUUCAUCCAAGUGCACUAUUUCUCCUAUCUGGUCUGGUUACCUCAAUAGAUUCCGUCAUCGUCAUCAGUAUUCUGGGAGAGAUCCACGUUCAUCCCAGUUUGUAUGUUACCUUUUUGGGUGAGUCAGUCAUAAAUGAUGGGUUAACUCUGAUUUUAUUUGAGUAUGUAUACGAGAUUAGUUGUCAUCCCGAUGCAGACGAAAUCGCUCACCCCGCUAUUCUCAUCCCCCACGGCAUCCUCGUUAUAAUCGUGAAAAUAUUGGGAAGCUGCAGUCUCGGAGCAAUUCUUGGCAUCUCCACAUGCAUCUUAACGAAGUACACAUCCAAAUACACCAUUAUCGAGCCUCUCCUGGUUUUGAGUGUUUGCUAUUUUAAUUAUUUGAUAAACUUCAGCAUCGGCUGGUCCGGUGUUUUCUCGCUUUUGAUCUUCGGUCUGCUUCAAACAUCCUACACAUUUGAAAACAUAUCACAAAAAUCGCAGAUAACUAUCAAGCGUUUCGCUCACAUGACGGCUGCCAUUUCCGAAUCACUUAUCUUCUUAUCGAUUGGAUAUACCUUAGCAGUGGAACAUUCAGCUUGGUAUACGAAUUUCAUCUUGGUUACCUUAUUGUUAUGUACUGUAUCUCGCUUCAUAAUUGUUUACUCGUUGGCCUCGAUUGCCGACUGGCUGGACUGGCUCACGAGCCCGAUACCACCAUCAAUGAAGUUUGCUAUCGCAUUCUGCGGACUUCGUGGUGCAAUCAGCCAUUGUAUGGUGGAAAUGGUCAAACCAGAAUGUCUUGUGCCAAUCGGAGCACCGCAUGCAAUGCUCGAGACGACAAUUUUAUUUCUCACCUUUUUCACCGUGAUCGCUAUUGGAGCUAUGAUGAGACCGCUCAUGUAUCUUUUUAAAAUGCACUCACAAAAGUCAUUAAUCAGCCUGUUCAAGACGUUAAACGAGGAAGUGGUUCGGAAAGCAAUGAGUGGUGUAGAAGAAAUUGUUGGUUUAAGUGAAGGCAACAAGCUAUUCAGUCGAUUGCUACGCUGGGAACAGAAGUUUUUACGACGACAUCUCGUGCGGGAUCAUCAACCUAGAGAUCAGAUCAUGGACGUUUUCGGAAAGAUAACCGUAGCCCUUCAUUAUGCCAGCCUAGCUUCCACAUCAAAAAAAGCGGACCAGUAUUUAUCCAAACUGCAUCCCAUCCCUAAGCGCUUUCCAGUUCAUAUAAUCACUCAACACUGGCCAUCAGAGUUCAACAUCUUACCAAGAGGUGCAAGCGAUUUACAUGGGUUCAUAGAACUUAGUGCCCUAGAAUCAGUACCAUCUUCUGUUGUGGGUACGGCGUCGUCCAUCGCUACAGUGAGCUUGCAAGAGAAAUGUGCCUCGGGAGGCUCAUCUGUGCAACCAGUCCCUGGUACCGUAAAGACUGCUGCCGAAUCAUCUGAUUGGCGCAAGACGAAAAAACGAUUGAAAAUGCCAGAUGCCCUAAUUGAAGAGAGCAGCCCCACAUCGGAUGAUUUAUAUUCCUUGCAAAAUGGAAAUGUCAGCACACCCAGCACUGAAAGCUCCACAAGUUCGAGUGAGGCAGGGCAGCGAGGGAAGGCUUGCUCCCCAGGAUGCAUAAAUUGGGUGAAUGCAUUGAAGACAAACUAUCCAAACAUCAAGAAUGUACAAGAAAUGGAUUAUGCUUUGCGUAGAAUGUUCUCCCGUUCCAUGGAGCACCUGAAUUACGUGGAAAAAAUGAGAUACGCUAUUCGACAAAAGCAUUCAAUCAUACGAUAUCAACAGAAGCUGCAACACACACACCGAGGGCCAUCCCUACAUUCGAGGCGAUCUUCGAAUCUAUUUGAGAGAACCAAAGCAAGAAGAGCAUCUACAAUAGUGCACUUCCCUCCCACCUUGGCCGAUCUACCGACGCCAAGUCGAGAGAGCAGAGAUAGAAGAUCUGUGCUGGCUCUCACUGAAGAACAUCAAGUCCCCUCUGAACAUUCGCUAGACCUAAGCGGACAGUGAAACUAUGUAUAAGCAAAGCUCAACUUAAUAUGUAAAGUAUCUUUGACA